AUGGAUGGAGAAAAUUUUUCCUCCUUAAUGGAAUUCCACCUCUUGGGAAUUACUAAUAACCCUGAGAUCAAAGCAACUAUGUUCACCAUUGUCCUGGUUGUAUAUCUCAUUAUUCUUGUGGCAAAUCUUGGAAUGAUCAUUUUAAUUAGACUGGAUCCCCAGCUUCAAACACCGAUGUACUUUUUCCUUAGCCACCUCUCUUUCUGUGACCUCGGUUACUCCACAGCAAUUGGGCCCAAGAUGCUGGUGGACCUCUUUGCCAACAGCAAAUCAAUUCCCUUCCUUGGCUGUGCUCUGCAAUUCUUCACCUUCUGCAUCUUUGAAGAUUCUGAGUGUCUCCUGCUGGCAGUCAUGGCCUUUGAUCGGUACAAGACUAUUAGCAACCCCUUGCUCUAUACAGUCGACAUGUCAGGCAGAAUGUGCUAUGCACUCAUGGCAGGGGUUUACCUAGUUGGCAUGGUGGAUGCUUUGAUCCAUACUACAUUAACUUUCCGUUUGUGUUUCUGUGGGUCAAAUGAAGUGAAUCAUUUCUUCUGUGAUUUACCUCCACUCUUCCUCCUUUCCUGUUCUGAUAUUCAGCUCAAUGAGCUGGUACUAUUCACUGUGUUUGGCUUCAUUGAACUGAGUACCAUUUCAGGAGUUCUAGUGUCUUAUUGUUAUAUCAUCCUCUCGGUCUUAAAGAUUGACUCUGCCGAAGGAAAGUUCAAAGCUUUCUCCACCUGCACCUCUCACUUAACUGCUGUUGCAAUUUUCCAGGGAAUUGUGCUCUUUAUGUAUUUCCGGCCAACUUCUUCCUACUCUCUAGAUCAAGACAAAAUGACUUCAUUGUUUUAUAUCUUUCUCAUUCCCAUGUUAAACCCUCUGAUUUAUAGUCUACGAAAUAAGGAUGUGAAAGAAGCCCUGCAAAAACUGAAGAAUAAAAUACUGCUUUAA